GAUACAACUUAUGAUGCGAGGAGGUAGGUGCUACCAUGGGUUGCCGCAUGUCUGUUGAGUAGACGCGGCUCCUGGCCUUGAAACCUCUCAAUCGUUUUCCAUUACCUAUGCCCAUCAACGAAUCUCCUUUGCCCUCUUCCUAUCUCCUCUCUGUCUUUUCUCCCAUUGCUAUCUUCCUUGCGGGUUCCCUACUCCUCUCGUGAAUCGCCUGCCUUGGACGCCCCAUAUCUCAAGGUUUCGCGUCUCCAAGAUAUCUCUACGACAGCGGCUCUAGCCCUUUGCCGCUAAUACCUUGCUGAUUACCAUCACAAUUGGCCACAGGACAUACCACAUGUCUACCUACCGCAGAUCAAGAAGAGAUAGUGCUACAGCCGACUCUAUCGCAAUCUCCGACAUCAGCUCUCGACCAUCUGCACAAAUGGACAUGCCAAAUGAUUGCGGUCAGUUUUGCACCUCCUACGGAGCUUGUAACUCGAACUAAAUAUGACAGAUGGCUGGAAUGAAUUGCAGAGAAUCACCAGCUCACCAAGCGCUCCAACAACACCUCGCACUAAGCGCAAAAUUCAUUUUAUCGAGCCCUCGCCCGAGGAUGUUGCUCCGCGAAGAUCCAAUACCGUUCCUCCAGGCUUCCGAACUUCAUCGACGAUCGCUUUCGAUCGUGAACAGACAUUGUCAGGAGCAGCGGGUCCCGAAGAGGUCCAGCCUGAUCUUAUUUCAUUCGAGGAGCCUGAAGAGAUGUCCUUGAAGUCACAAGAUUCGAGCGAUGCCUGUCUUGAAAGCCAUGAGGGAGAUCCAGACUUCUACGACAUGGACGUCGAGAUGAUUGCCUAUAAUGACGACUCGACCCCGAUCGAGGAGCUCCCACAAGUCUCACCUGAUGAAGAUGACGCAGAAGAUGCAAAGGUUCCCAUCAUUCCAUUCAGGCAUGCAAAAUCGCAGUCGGUCUCGGCUGCCUCUGGAGCACCUCAGGAAAGACCAGCUCCACCAACAUUCUAUCGCACAUCGUCGGCAUCAGGGCUUUACUCCAAGCCAGCUUACAGCCCGAUUGUCAAAGCACACGUCGCAGCCAGCCCUGUACGUUUUGACUUUUGCACCACACCUGAUAGCGACGAGCAACUUGACGAUAUUCCGCAACUGUCUCGAAGCCAGACUGCGAGCUCCAAAUCCAGUAACAGUGCAUCUUCGGCACUAUGGGACGACAAAGUCGCGGUCAGUACUGGUGAAAAGUCAGGACCGCCGAGCGAGAUUUCCAGUCCAAAUGCACAUACGAGACAGUCGUCAGGCUCCAGGGGCGAGUUUCCCUUGGAAGCAGUCAAAAGGAAGCUGUCUGCCAUGUCACACAUGAGGAGAAGCGGCAACAAACAUAGCAAGAGACAAAGUUCAGAGCCUUUGUCAAGUCCUGAUGAGAUUCCGGCUGCGCCUCCAAACACUCGCGCAACAAGUGACACGCCGAAGAGAAGCCCCAGAGGACCUGUGGCCCGACACAGUCAUUCGGGCGUUCCGUCCCCUCAAGUCAGUCCAAUGUUGACGGUGCAAAGCGAACCGCAGUCUCCGACGCAAAGCACUCGCGUAUCACCUCACCUCAAGCCGGCCUUGAAACAUGGUGGUCCCAGCAAGCCUAUCGCAACAACCAAGUCACACGAUCGAUUUGUACCCACACACCGGGACAGCCUCGAGCUUGCACGUCACCGGUUGGCCGCAGAAGCAGCUACCAUCGAUCCUCAGCUUGUAAGCACGCGAGACUCGAUCAUCCUAGCUAAACAGCGAUGGGACAAGUAUCCCAAGUCGCACGCUGUCUUUGAUGCGCAGUCAGAACAGGUGCACUUCGGAGGUCUAAGUCCGAUCAUGGACGCCAGCCCGCCAGACCCAAAGGCAUACUGGGCGGGCAGACGAGAAUACCUGUUGAAGCAAAAAGAGGUAGAUUGGCAGCGUGAGAUUGGCGGCCACCCAGAAAACGAUCAUGAUUGUCCCAUUUGUGAAGUGGAGAAACCUCGAACGAAGCGAUUGACAAGCUUGCGAGCUGGUUGAAGGUUGUAGACUUGUCUGAUAGAAGCACCUAAUCCUCGGCGACCGAGUGUGUGUACAUAGACUUUUUCUCUCUACAACGCCCUCCCUUGAACCCCUCAUGACACCGGCGCCU